GCCAGAGAAAACAAAUUCCUCCAGCAGGUUUAUCUCCUUGUGGAGGAGGGAUAAUCAGCAGCAUGGAGUGGCAGAGGAGGGAGACCAUGUGCUCCUGCUCCAGCCAAGUGGCCUGUGCCAGGUCAGCCGGGCACAGCAGACGGCGGUCCAGGAACACCUGGUCCCAGAACGGAGGCCUCUGGUGCCUCCACGUAGGGGAGAGCCCCCCACACCACACCAGACAGAUCCGUCCCAGCCCGAGUUGUCCUGGGGUUGGUGGCCUCAGGGGAGGUGAAGCCCCUGCAGAAAUGGCGAGAGGCAGAGGGAAGACAAGUUAAAGCAAACGUCGGCACAGAAUUUCUGAGGCACCCUGUGAAAAUCUCCUUGGUGACACUCUGAACUUUCAGGGGGAAGCCUGUCAGGCUUGACAGUACCUGGAGGCACGGCUCACGUUGCUGUGAAUCGUGGCCCCUGGAUUUGUGUGGUGCACAACCUGCCCAGCCAUCCCUGGGGACCCUGGACGAAGGUCCCAAUUCUUUAUCUAUAUGGCUGUAGUUAUGUUAGAAGAGACAAGAUCGCAUCCUCAGAGGGUGCAUCUGGGAGAACUCAUCCUCGGGGAGCCACAUGUAACACUUAGGAAAGUAGGACCAGGCGGGCCCAGCUCCGUAGAGUAAGUCACACCUUAACAACGGCCGGAGGGAGCUACCCUUAGCUUUCCCUCUGCCCCUUUUGCUCCUACUCCAGUGGUUCUCAGAGUGUGGGCCCCAGUCCAGCAGCAGCAGCAGCAUCACCUAAAAACUUGGGAAUAGAAAUUUUUGAGCCCUCCCAAGACCUGCUGAAUCAGAUACCCUGGGAGUAGGGCCCAGCCCUCUGUGUUUGACAGCUCUCCAGGGAAUUCUGAUGCCCACUAGUUUGAGGGUGACCCAGACAGCAUGGGGAUGGGUGGCUCACAGCCUCAGAAUCAGCUGGGUAAUUUUAAAAAAUGCUGAUGCUUGGGCCCACCCCAGAGAUUCAGAGUUCAUUGGUCUGAAGUUCAGCCUGGGCAUAGGGAUUUUCAACCGCUUCCCAGGUGAAAACCUCUGACUUCUGAAGGGCUCGGCUCAGGGUCACCACCUGGAACUGGAGCGUCAGUCCGUAGGUGGAAGUUGCAGCUCACUUCUCACAGUCUGAGCCUCAUACUUGGGGAGGCAGCUCAGCUCGGAGAGAGGUCCUUGGGCUCUGGGGGGCAUCAGAAUUAUGCCAGGGCUGUGGGGGAAUCUUGAUGGUGCAGAUUCCCCGGGCACUUUCCCCAGAGAUCCCAGUUCAGUAGGUCUGGAGUAGGACCUGGGAAUGUGCCUGGUGAGUAGCAUUCCUCGCAAUUCGGAUAUGAGGGUCAGGGAACCCUGCUUUGAGAACCACAGGUCAAGAACACCCAAUUCUAGUUCCAUCUCCACCAUUCACCAGCCACAUGUCCCCAGCAAGUCACGUCAUCUAUUGCCUCAUCUAUGACUUGGAAGAAACAGCAGCUGCCCUGGUCACCUUGGGGCUGUCCUAAGACCGCAUAGAGAUGGUCAGGACUGACCGUUGUGGAUGAGGACAGAGAUUCAAACACUACAGCAACAGUUCCAAACGCGGUCCCUGGACCAGCACAGCAGCAGCACCCGGACGCAUGUUAGAAAUGAGCAUUCAGAGGCCUGCCCCAGACCUGCUGAAGCGGACACUCGGGGGCUGGGCCCCAUAGGCUUGUUUGAACAAGACUCUCCAGAAGAUCCCGAUGCCCCCUGGAGUCUGAGAACUCUAGAACACAGAGAAGGCUUACAUGUUGUGAUGCUGUAUCUCAUGUUGCCUAUGUCUGCACCAGCCUCAAGAUUCAUCUUUAAAGUAAAAUUUCCGAGGGCAGUCUGUGUUGAAGAAGAUUCAGCCCUGUCCUCCUCCACUGGGGAACCACAUGCACUCUUUUCCAACUUGGUCCAGUCUCCUCAUCUCCUGACUCCAGACCUUGAGGAACCCUCCACAUGGAAAGUCAUCCCAGUUGGAGGAGGCAGGAAAGCCCAGCUCGUGGCAAAAGCCAGGCUCCAGGCUCCGGGCUCCGGGCUCCAGGCUCCAGGUCCAGGCUCCAGGCUCCAGGCUCCGGGCUCCAGGCUCCAGGUCCAGGCUCCAGGAUCCAGGCUCCAGGAUCCAGGCUCCAGACCUGCUGUUGUUCUGCCCCGCCCAGCACGGAGCAGAUGCCAGAUCUUCUCCAAGGCCAGAGGGGGCCGUGGGGCAGGGGUGAGAGGGCAGGAAGCAGUGAUCAGAGUAGAAGUAGCGAGAACUCAUUUCAGAAGUGAAGUGUCAUUAGGAAUUCCAAUCUACAAAGCAGACGAGAGCAGAGCUGCCCGGUUGAAGCUGGGGUGUGCAGGAUGGGGACUGGGCAAAGGAGGGCAAGCCCAGCAGAUUGGCCUCCUCCUUGCCCUGGUGGCUGCCUCCACACCCUCCAUGGAGCCUCAGGGUGCCAGGGACCCCAGUUUGAAUAUCACUCUGAAGGCCUCAAGCUCCUUGGGACUAAUUCAGAUGCAGGAAACAGAGCUGCCAGCAGGAAGCCUGACUCUCCAGCUACCAAGAGGCCUCAUGCAGGCCUCUGCAGAGCGUGUCUCCUUGGCAAUGGGCGCCUUCCUGGUCCUCCGCCCUGCUCUAGAGGAUGGAAGAUGGAGGCUGUCACAGGCUCCUGCCCCCUCCAGCCAGGGAGAGCAGCCACACAUGGCCAUCUGCCACCCGCCCCCCAAGCUCUAUGGGGUCCCUGCCAUGGAAGAAGUUGCCAAGAACCCCCAGAGCCCAGUGAGAAGCCAGAUGGAGCCCCAGCAAGUUCUGCUCAGGAGGAGAGAUUGCUCCCUUGACUGCUUCGCAGCCAGAGGAGACCGUCGGCUCUUGGCAAAAAAUAAGGCAAGUGUGAAAACAACUUUUUAUGCCAACUGGAGCCCCCACUUCCAGGGCAGGUCUUCCCCGGAGGCCACCCGUUCACUGCAAUUCCUCAGCCUGGCUUGAAAUCAUAGCCCUCCCAGCAAGAACUGUUACAGAUGGAGCUGGACCCCAGAGCCAGGUUGGGGGGCUUUCCAAAUGAGGGGAGGGAGGUGAAGGUGUUGAAGCAAUCCAGGCCAUCUAUAGCGUUGCUGGAUGGAUUGGCUAGGAAAUCUAGAUCAGACCCACCAAGACCCUGACAACCAGCAUGUCCUGGUGAUGGCUGGAAGGAAAGUCAGAGGAUUUUUUUGGGAUUAUUGAGAGUAUUUGGGUCUCAAAUCUGUCAGGAUAGGCUAGGUUUUGCUGCAGUAACAAACAACCCCAAAAUCUUCGUGAUUAAUAGGAACAAAGGUUUCUUUCUUGCUCAUGGCACAUGCCCAUGAUGGGUUGGCAGGUGGCCUGACCAUUGUUGUCUCUCCAGGACCAGGUUGAUGGGGCAGCCACCAUUUUGGACUUUGCCGGCUUUUUUUUUCAGAGGAAAGGUGACAUCUCCAGCAUUCUGAUGCUCCAGGCUGGAAGUGUCACAAGCCACUUUCGAUUAUUGGCCAGAACUGGCCCCACGUCCCCUGCCCAAACAUUUGGGGACUAAGAGGGCAGCCCCGCUGGGUGUCCAAUCACUAGGCCAGUCACCAGCACUUCUGACACCGUCAGUCUGCUCCAGACCACAUUCAAUCAGGAAAACCCCUCCUCACCUGCCUGGUCCCUCCUGCCACCACAAAACCACACGAUGGCCACACCAGGACAUGUUUAUGGAGCUCAAGGCCAAGCCUGCUCCAAGCCCCCUGGCUGGGCCACUGUUGUGAACUGCGUGUUCCAGACAUUCACUUUUGAGCUUCUGAGAAUGGACUCAGACCUCCAGGGAUUAAUGUACUUUCUUAUUCUUAAAAAA